CAGAUGACAAACACUGUGACAAGCAUGAACCAGUAUAUUCUUUCAUUAUCAGAUGACAAACAAUUGGUCCCCGGGCUCAUUUCUCUAAUAGAACAGGGAACUGAUGUUCUGCGUGUGAAGGCCCUUUUGUUUGUUGCUCUGCUUUGCAAGAAUAGUCGAAGGUGGCUUCCUCAUUUCUUUUGCAAUGCAAAAUUAAUAUCAGUUGUUGAUAGACUGGGAAAGGAGAAGGAGGGUUUUAUUCAUCAUUGUACAGAAGCAUUUGUGCAGUUGGUUGCUUCCUUGGUCCCUGGUAUUCUUGACACUGUCUCCAGCGAUAUACAGCAGGUUAUGGUUGGCAAACGCCAUGGACCUGUUACUGCUUUAGCUGGGCGAGCUCAUCCAAAGAGCACAAUUCAUCUGUUCCCUCUUAUUCUUCAUCUUCUGGGAAGUGCAUCCUUCAAGCAUAGAGUUGUGACAGGCCAUGUAUUGCUUCAGUUGGCAAAUCUUAUUAAGAUUUUGGAGGCACCAUUUCAGGUGCUAUUUAAGAACCUUACUGUUGACAUAAAGGAUGUGAAACCAACGUCCCUGCUCAAAGAUCGUCUGCGUGAAGUCGAGGGAAAUCCAAAGCUCGGCUCCCUUGGUCCACAACUGCAAUAUAGCAAAAUUAUGGAUUUGGCUUUGGAUAAGGCUAAUAGGGAGAUAAUACAUAGGCAAGGAUCAUCAAGUUUGACGUCGGCAACGUGGUCAUGGUGA